AUGCCCGACUAUCCUACCGCGUACGACCCCGUCCGCGUCCUCCAACAUGCCGACUUCAAGAUCCUCGAAGACGGCACGGUUCCACAGCGCGACACGAGCAAGAACCUCGCAGCCGCCUACGCUCCACAAGCAAAGCUGCACCUCAUCGAGAAGCCGCUGCCCGUGCCGCGAGAGGGUGAAGUUGUGCAUGGCAGAAUUGGCGACUCGAUGAUUGUUCGCGACACUUGCGGCGCCGGUCACGAGUCCGCCGGAGAGGUCUUUGAAGUCGGGCCCGGCGUCGAGGGACUGAAGAAGGGUGACCGCGUCGCACUUGAGGCAGGCUUGCCGUGCGGAGACUGCGAGUUCUGCCGGAUCGGACGGUACAACGCCUGUCCCGACGUCGUCUUCUUCUCGACUCCCCCUUACCACGGCAUGCUCACUCGCUUUCACGCCCACCCCGCUUCGUGGGUUCACCGUCUCCCCAACUCGAUCAGCUACGAGGAGGGUGCACUCCUGGAACCGCUGGUCGUCGCGCUCGCCGGUAUCGAACGUGCAGGACUUCGUCUCGGCGAUCCUCUCCUGGUCUGCGGCGCCGGUCCGAUUGGCCUCAUCAGCCUCCUGGCUGCACGCGCAGCGGGCGCAACUCCCAUCGUCAUCACUGACAUCGCACGAUCCCGCCUCGACGUCGCCAAGCAGCUCGUUCCCGGCGUCAAGACGGUCCUCGUCGAGCGGGGCGUCGAGCCGAAGGACGUCGCAGCCAAGAUCAAGAAGGAAGCGGGCCUUUCGCUCGGUCUGAGCGUCGCGCUCGAGUGCUCCGGCGUCGAGUCGAGCGUCCAGACGGCGGUCUACGCGUCGAAGUUUGGCGGCACGGUGUUUGUGAUUGGCGCCGGCAAGGACUUCCAGUCGCUUCCCUUCAUGCACAUGUCGGUCAACGAGAUCGACCUCAAGUUCCAGUACCGAUACGCCAAUCAGUAUCCGAAGGCCAUUCGUCUCGUCGAGGCGGGCCUCAUCAACCUCAAACCGCUCGUCACGCACCGCUUUACGCUCGAGACCGCUGUCGAGGCGUUCGAGACGGCCGUCGACGUGACCCGCGGUGCCAUCAAGGUGCAGAUUCACGACGCGGCCUUGUAA